UUAUUGCGUAAUCUCUGUCCCAGUCUUUCCCCCAAUGGAUCGAGCCUCCAAGCGCAGGCAGGUGAAGCCCCUGGCUGCCUCACUUCUAGAUGUCCUGGACUAUGACAGCUCGGAUGACAGCGAUUUCGAAGUGGGAGACGCAGAUGCCUCGGGGUCAGAGGGCACAGGGAACGGCAGCGACGACGAGGGCUCCAAAGACAGCGUCGGAGGUGCAGACAGUGAGUCGGAUGCUGCCGUAUCUCCAGACGAGGAGGGCGUCGAAGAUGAAGAGAACAAGGAGCUUAAAGAAGAUGUGCAAGAGGAAGAAGAAGAAGAGAAAUCCAAGGACCAGCCUUCCUCUGAGGAAAGCAGCAAAAAAGAACCGGUCUCUAAAAAAAGCAAGAAAGCCGAAAAAACCUCAGACACGGAGCCCAACGGGAGCAGCACGGUGGAAGAAAGCCCUAAAAAGUGGAACCUUCGGAGAAACCGGCCCAUGCUGGACUUCACCACGAUGGAUCAGCUGAACGAAAUGGACGAUUACGACAGCGAGGAUGACAACGACUGGAGGCCCACGUCUGGAAAGAAGAAAAACAAAGCUGGCGGGAAGGAGAAAGGAGGAAGUGAGGAUGAGGGAGAGGAUGAAGGCAGCGCAGGGGAGGACGAUGAUGACGGCGACGACGAUGAUGACGACGACGGUGACGACAAUAACGACGAGGAGAACGAGGACGACAACGACGAGAGCAGCAGCAGCACCGACAGCGAAGUGGCGGUUAAAAAAGCCAGGAAGAAAGCCAGCAAGAACACCGGAGCGUUCGAUGAGGAGGAGACCAACGACAGCCAUAGCACAUCUCAGGGAAAGGGAAACGAGGACUCUUUGGUGGAGCGAGCUCAGGUGUGGACCUCGCAGAGGAUGGAGCACAUCCUGAUCUGCUGCGUCUGUCUGGGAGACAACAGCGAGGACACGGAUGAGAUCAUCCAGUGCGACAACUGCGGCGUGACCGUGCACGAAGGCUGCUACGGGGUUGACGGUGAGAGCGACUCCAUCAUGAGCUCGGCCUCGGAGAACUCCACAGAGCCGUGGUUCUGCGACGCUUGUAAAAAUGGUGUGAUGCCCAGCUGUGAGCUCUGCCCCAGUCAGGACGGGAUCUUUAAAGAGACAGACGCUGGAAGGUGGGUGCAUGUUGUAUGCGCGCUCUACGUUCCAGGAGUGGCGUUCGGAGACAUCGACAAACUCCGGCCUGUAACACUGACAGAAAUGAACUACACCAAAUAUGGAGCCAAGGAGUGCAGUCUCUGCGAGGACGCCCGCUUCGCCCGUACAGGAGUGUGUAUCAGCUGCGACGCUGGCAUGUGUCGCUCCUACUUCCAUGUGACGUGUGCUCAGCGAGAGGGGCUGCUAUCUGAGGCUGCUGCAGAAGAGGACAUAGCCGACCCGUUCUUCGCCUACUGUAAGCAGCACGCUGACCGCUUCGACAGGAAGUGGAAGAGGAAGAACUACCUGGCGCUCCAGUCCUACUGCAAAGUCUCACUGCAUGAGAGAGAGAAGCAGCUGACUCCUGAAGCCCAGGCUAGGAUCAGCGCUCGGCUGCAGCAGUACCGGGCGAAGGCAGAAGUGUCACGGAAUGCACGUCCUCAAGCGUGGGUGCCGCGAGAGAAGCUCCCACGUCCGCUCACCUCCAGCGCCUCGGCCGUGAGAAAGCUCCUGCGCAAAGCUGAGCUCAUGGGGAUCAGCACGGACGUGUUCGCCACCGACACCGCAGACGCCAGCGCCAGCCUGGACGGACGCCGGAAACACAAACAGCCGGCGCUGACCGCCGAUUUCGUCAACUACUACCUCGAGCGGAACAUGAGGAUGAUCCAGAUCCAGGACAACAUCAUGGAGCAGAAGAACCUGAAAGACAAACUGGAGAGCGAGCAGGAGAAGCUGCAUGUAGAGUAUAACAAGCUUUGCGAGUCCCUGGAGGAUCUGCAGAAUGUCAACGGGCUGCUGAGGAACGAAGGCCAAUCCAUGUGGAGCAUGCUGGGAAACAUUCUCGGACAGAAACUGAAUGCUCCAGCUAUUUUAAAGCCUCCCAAAGAGAGAAAGCCAAGCAAGAAAGAAGGUGGAAGUCCAGGGAAGUCCAGCAGUCUCCCUGCAGUGCUCUACAGCUGUGGGAUCUGUAAGAAGAACCAAGACCAGCAUCUCCUGUUACUGUGCGACACAUGCAAGCUUCACUACCACCUGGGCUGCCUGGAUCCACCUCUCACCCGCAUGCCCAAGAAGACCAAGAAUAGCUACUGGCAGUGCUCUGAGUGCGACCAGGCCAGCAGUGAUGAGGCAGACAUCGCCAUGGAGACACUCCCUGAUGGCACCAAGAGGUCCAGGAGACAGAUCAAGGGGCCAAUCAAAUUCAUCCCUCAGGACAUGUCUCCAGAGCCUAAAAAACUGCAGCUGAGGGGCACGAGAACCCGGGGCCAGAAGAGGAAAAGGGUGUCUAUCUGCGAAGAAGAAAAGAUAGAGGAACCGGCACCGCGGGAACGCAGGCAGCGGCAAUCGGUGCUGCAAAAAAAACCAAAAGCUGACGACACAAGGACGGAGUGUACCACCUGCAAAGGGCCCGGAGAUAACGAGAACCUCGUUCGGUCGUGAGAGCCGGGCGCCACCUCUCCCACCUCCCCCACGCUCCUCCCCUAAAAAAUCUGGGGACAGAUGAGAGAGGGACAGAGAGAGGGAGAAAGAGAAAAGAGAGAGAGGCAGAUUAAAUCGUUUCGAAGAGCGGCGUCCGGGUCGGGGCAGGAAGUUCGCAGACGACGGCCUCCUCUGACCGUCUCCUUUGACAUCACUUCCUGCUCAGAGCCAUGGAAUUUAACACGUUGACUCUUUUGGGGCCACAAAGAAACUUUCAGGAGCGAAUGCACUUUUUUCUUUCCUUUUUUUUCUCAAAUUUCUUAUUACACAUGGAAUUGAAAGCUCGCGAAUUAAAGGGAUUUUAAAGGGUUCCGCAGCGGAUUCUAUAAGAGGACUAAGUGGAUCUUGAGGACGCUUAGGUAGCCAUUUUGGAUGGAGACUCUUAAGUUGAUGAACGUGUACUGGACAGUAUCUCUGAGACUGGACGUGUAGCUGCUUGUGCUUUGGAUUCCUAAACUGACUGUCAUGUAAUGGGGAACUUUUCCAGCUGUUAUCAAGCCCUGCUUCAAGUGGCCUUCGUGCAAUCCUGGCCAAUUUGGGACAAUUCCGUGCAGCCCUCUCCUUUUCUUCUUUGCCUCUCAUCUUUCUGCAAUCCCUUUUGUUAUAACCUGAAUGUUGUCUGUCCUCUCUGUUAACACAUGACUGCUUUAGAACUGAACCCUGUGCUGCUCUCGUUGCUUAUUGCUUAUGCUAUGUGAAGUAGUAUGUAGCGAGUAGAGAAGUCGAAAGAAACAAAAAAAACACAGCAGUAUUUCUUUCUUGUAGAGUAUUUACUUGCAUCUGUGCAUCCACUGUAUUUCAAUAUGACAAGUGAUAUUUACAAUGUAGUUCAUAAUGAUCAUUCCAGAAUGAAGGUUUAGCAAGCUGUGUGUGUGUGAUGUUGGUAUCGCUUACUUCUUUAUUUUUGCCAUGUGUAGGCAGAAUUGUGACGUGCCCUUACGAUGGUUCACAUAUUGCCUGCUGGUGAAGCAUAUUGUGCUUUUUGACAGCUCUGCUGCCUUAUAUUCUGUCGCGAUAGCUAGGAAUGUCCCUGUGUGGGAUUCUUACGUCUUCAUGCCCUUUAAAAUGGUCGCCUUUAAGUGCAAGACAUGGUAACAAACCAAAAAUGCAAAUCAGAGAAUGCAACAACAGCGGAAAUGUAAAGCAAAUCAACAUGAAUUCAAAAUCAGAAAACACAUCAGCGCAUUAGAAACUGCAGCAAGAAACAGAAAACACUGGCGGGGUUAUAGCUUUACUGCAGUGUCUGUAGUUUUACUGCAGUGUCUGUAGUUUUACUGCAAUGUCUAUAGUUUUACUGUAGUGUCUGUAGUUUUACUGUAGUGUCUAUAGUUUUACUGUAGUGUCUGUAGUUUUACUGCAAUGUCUGUAGUUUUACUGUAGUGUCUGUAGUUUUACUGCAAUGUCUGUAGUUUUACUGUAGUGUCUGUAGUUUUACUGUAGUGUCUGUAGUUUUACUGCAAUGUCUGUAGUUUUACUGUAGUGUCUGUAGUUUUACUGUAGUGUCUGUAGUUUUACUGUAGUGUCUGUAGUUUUACUGCAAUGUCUGUAGUUUUACUGUAGUGUCUGUAGUUUUACUGUAGUGUCUGUAGUUUUACUGUAGUGUCUAUAGUUUUACUGUAGUGUCUGUAGUUUUACUGUAGUGUCUGUAGUUUUACUGUAGUGUCUGUAGUUUUACUGCAAUGUCUGUAGUUUUACUGUAGUGUCUGUAGUUUUACUGUAGUGUCUGUAGUUUUACUGCAAUGUCUGUAGUUUUAAUGUAGAAUCUGUAGUUUGCUUUAGUUUCGCUAUAGUGUAUAUAGUUUUACUAUAGUGUCUGUAGUUUUAAUGUAGAGUCUGUAGUUUGCUUUAGUUUUAGCUUUGCUGUCAUGUGUGUGGCUUUGCUGUUGCAUCUAUGGUUUUGCUGUAGUGUCUGUAGUCUGUAGUUUGGUUUAGUUUUAGUUUCGCUAUUGUGUCUGUAGUUUUACUGUAGUGUCUGUAGUUUUGCUGUAGUUUUAGUUUUGCUGAAGUGUCUGUAGUUUUACCAUGGUGUCUGUAGUUUUACUGUAGUUUUAGUUUCGCAGUAGUUUUUGUUCUAUGGUAGUGUCUAUAGUUUUGCUGUAGCAUCUGUACUUUUGGUAUAGUUUUAGUUUUGCUGUAGUGUCUGUAGUUUUACUGUAGUUUUUCUUUUACGGUAGUGUCUGUAGUUUUACUAUACGGUCUAUAGUUCUGCUGUAGUGUCUGUAGUUUUGCUGUAGGUUCUAUAUUUUUGCUGUUGUCUCUAUGGUUUUGCUGUAGUGUCUGUAGUUUUGCUAUAGUUUCAGUUUUACUGUACGGUCUAUAGUUUUGCUGUAGUCUCUAUAGUUUUGCUGUAGUGUCUGUAGUUUGGCUGUAGUCUCUAUAGUUCUGCUGUAGUGUCUGUAGUUCGGCUGUAGUGUCUGUAGUUCUGCUGUAAUGUUCUUAUGGCCUGUUUUCUGAUUAUCUCUUUAUUUUUUGGUUUGUUAAUGUGUUGUGUACUUUCUGGCCACCAUACUUGAAACUUUUUCAGCGAACGUUGUCAGCUUAGACUAUCUAUCUAUCUAUCUAUCUAUCUAUCUAUCUAUCUAUCUAUCUAUCUAUCUAUCUAUCUAUCUAUCUAUCUAUCUAUCUAUCUAUCUAUGUAUCUAUCUAUUUAUCAGUAGUUGCAUGGUUUAUAUCACACUAUUUGUUUACAUCUUACCGAAGAAUGGUUGCUUUUCCUUUUAAAAUAGAAUUAUGGUAGAGGGGUUUAGAAGCUCUGACUUGCAUUUUAUGUUUACAUCUAAGAUACCUGUAAAUUGCAUACUUGUAGGGUAUUAAAUGGUGUGAGAUUGUGAUCCAUUUUGUAAUGGAUGUUGCACCAGUUGAGCAGUUGUGUAUAUAUUUCAUGUGCCUAUCAUUUGUGAUUGAUUUCGGGGGGGGAGGAAAAAAAGUCUUUCUUUUUUGCACUCAUUUUAAAAUGGAAUAUUUAACUUAUUUAUGUAUUUAUGUCAGUUUUUAUUAUUCUCCUAAACCAUUUUAAAUCUUGUGAGUGUGUGUGUGAGCGUGUGUGUGUGUGUGUGUGUGUGUGUGGUCCCCGAGCUGUGGCCUCGGCAUUGUGCGAGCUGUAAUAAACUCUUGACUUUUUCACCUUAUUGCCGCCGUGAUGAAUGACUCUCGGUUGGGCUAAUUAAUAGCACCGAGCGUUGGCUUGUAGUGCACUGUGUGUGUGUGCGCGUGUCCCUUCCUGUCCUAGCUGAUUUAUUUUCGGGGACGGCAUGCGUGUCCAACAGGAUCCGCUCUGCUAGACAUACUCAGGAUGGGACAAAAAAAAAAAAAAAA